AUUACUAAGGCCCAGCUCGGAACUUUCUUUGACGUUUAUAUUUUUCUUUUCUCCCAAGAACAGAGGUGUGGAAUAAAGACCAGGAAGCGAAGAAUCUUGCCUUCAAUCUGAGACCAGAAAAUCUACUCCCUGCAAACUCAUUUUCGACGAAAAGCAAACUUUAGAUUUUUGAAUUGGAAUUUGCAUUUGGGCGAGAAUGGCUAAUGAUGAUGAUUUCACCUUCUGUCGAGUUGGGCCUCCUGUAGAUGGUUUUGAAGCUCAGAAAGUUGCUGAUCAUAUUAAUGAGAUUCAUAUAGAUGAUGAAAAUACAAAAGCUGCAAGUAAGGAAGUUGUUGACGGUACCAGCGAGACUCAUAUAGACAAUGGAAAUGCAAAUGCUGCAGAUAGUAGUGAUCAGAAUGGUGGCAGUUUACGGGAAGUUGGUGCUUCUUCUUACAAGCAGGGGACAGUUGGUUCUUUGACAUUUAAUGUCGUUGACGCAUCACCUCGUAAAGAGGUAGAUCAACAACCCAAGCAAUCAGGGCAAGGGGUUGCAGGAAGUUCUAAUAAGGCUUCACCAGAAACGAAGACUCCUGCCAGGAAGUCUGCACCCAGAGCGAAGGUUCCUUUUGAGAAGGGUUAUAGUCAGAUGGACUGGCUUAAGCUUACCAGAACACACCCUGACCUAGCAGGAUUGAAGGGGCAGUCCAAUAGAAGACUGAUAUCUUUGAAUGAAGUUAAACAAAACCAGUCUGAGGGCUCCAUGUGGACUGUCCUGAAAGGUCGUGUCUACAAUAUAGCACCGUAUAUGAAGUUUCACCCUGGAGGAGUGGAAAUGCUGAUGAAGGCUGUUGGAAAAGAUUGCACAUCUUUAUUCAAUAAGUACCACGCUUGGGUAAAUGCAGAAUUCUUAUUGGAGAAAUGUCUCGUGGGUAUUUUAGACGAGGGCCAGUAAAGAUAUCCAGUUUUAUGAAGAAUGGAGAUGCAAUUAUUGGGACACACCACUAUUGUCUACAGACAUCAAGCAGAUGCCAGAUGCAAGAAAAUCAGUAUGGUAUAUGUAUAUGUUUUAUUGAUAACAUCAAAAUAAGCAGAAAGUUAUUCAAAAGCCAUAAUAUCUUGGCAGUAUUAUGUUUUCGUUGGCUGUGGCAAUAGAAUUUGAGAAGGCAGCGCCUGUAGAACAUAAAACAAACACAAGUAGCGUCACAUUCCUUAUAAUAUCAACUCUAUCCAACUUA